GGUUGCUCCUCCUCCUCCGCUCUGGUUCUUCCUCCUUAAGCAGGGCAGGGGGAGGGCGGAGGAGGAGGAGGAGAUGAGCGGCGGCGCCCAGCCCGCCCACUCGCUCCCUUCAUCCUGAGGAUGCUGAAGAUGAAGCUGCCGGUGAAGCAGCCGCGGCAGGCGACGGCCAGCCAGAAGGAGCCGGAGGGCGGCAACAACGGCCAGGAGGGAGCGGCGGUUGGGCUGAGGGAACGCGGCGGCCGGGCCUGUCAGGCGCGCCGGAGCGGGGUCGGCGCGGGGCCUCCGGCGGGCUGCCUGUGCGGCUGCUCGGCCGGCGGCGCCCGCGAGGCGGUCUACGAGUGGUUCGGCCUGGCGCUGGGUUCGGCGGAGCGGCUGGAGUUCGCCGUGGGGCUGCUCGACCUCCUCAACCCGCUGGAGCUGCGCUUCCUGGGCUCCUGCCUGGAGGAGCUGGCCCGCAAGGACUACCACUGCCUGCGCGACUCCGAGGCCAAAGCCAACGGCGCCGCCGCCACUGCUGCAGACGCCGCCCAGCAGCCGCAGCCCCUCGUGCCGCCGCCUUCUCCGACUCCGGGCGCCGCCGCUUCGCCCCCUCCUGCCGCCGCCCCUCCUCCGUCCGCGGGCGGCAGCGACUUCCGCGACCCCGCCGUGCGCUCCAAGCUCAUCGUCUAUUUGGCGUUGCUGGGAUCCGAGAACCGCGAGGCCGCCAGCCGCCUUCACCGCCUCCUGCCCCGCGUGGACGCGAUCCUGCAAAGCUGCCGGCCCCUCGGCCCCCUGCAUGGCGGUGCAGCAGAAGCGGGAGGAGGAGGAGAAGUGGAGGCGGCGGCCCUGAACGGCCCUUGCGCGGAAGAGGGCCUGGGGCUGGUGGCCCAAGAGGAGCUGCUGCUGCUCUUCACUAUGGCCUCCCUCCACCCCGCCUUCUCCUUCCACCAGAGAGUUACUCUCCGGGAGCACUUGGAGAGGCUGCGCGGGGCGCUCUGCCGGGUCGCGGAGGAGGCGGGUGGCUUCGGCAGCCGCGGGGCUCGGAACUUUUCCCAUAACUGCAUGCCAGGUAACGAGAAUAGUUUGUUUGAACAAACAGCAGUGCUUCAUGAUAAACUUAUGAUGGCCUCCCACAGACCACAGCAAGAAGCUGUACACAUUGAGAAGAUAAUGUUGAAAGGUGCACCAAGGAAAAGGGCUGACAAACAUCUAGAAUAUACUUUCAAAGUAACCUGGUCUGAUCAUUCUAUAUCCUGUGUAACAAAAACACACCAAGAUCUACAGGAAUUUCUACUAAAACUUCCAAAGGAACUCUCUUCUGAAGCAUUUGACAAGACAAUUUUAGGAGCACUAAAUCAGGGGUUCCAGAAACAAGAAGAAAGACGACAUCCAGAUUUAGAACCUAUGAUAAGGCAGCUGUUUUCAACUACGUCACAAGCUUUUCUCCAGAACCGAAGAGUGAACCACUUCUUUCAGUCUCUGUCCUCAGAAACUUUGCACAGUCACAAUAACCUUCAGUCCUCUUUAAAGACAGCUAUGACAUCAGAACACUUCAAGGAGGACAGUUCAGAGGCUUCAAGUCAGGAAGAAGAAAUAAUACAGCACACAAUAAUCCAUAAGAAACAUAAUGGAAAAUGUCCUGUUGCCAACACAAUAAACUCAAAAUGCUCUUCUGUGGAUGGCUUUGACACAACACAUUCUGAACAGAAUGGUAUGGCGGAAUGGAGAAGGAAAAGCUGUGUUAUUCAGCAGCACCCAGAGCACUGUACACUUCUUGAGCAGAACACAGGAGAGAAGAGGAGCUUGCCGAUAAUAAGUAAGAAGAAAGGAAAACCGCAGUCAGAAAAAGAGAAAGUAAAGAAAACUGACACCAGGUUAACCAUCAGAAGUAACUGUGUAAGAGUUACAGAAGGUCACCACUUCCAUCCAGGAACCGCAAAAGAUUCAAAUUUAGACAUUACAAUUGGACAUGACACAUGUGGAGAAACCUCUUCAGAGAGUUACAGUUCUCCUUCUAGUCCACGGCAUGAUGGAAGGGAAAGCUUUGAAAGUGAAGAAGAAAAAGACAGAGACACAGACAGUAAUUCUGAAGAUUCUGGGAACCAAAACGUUUUGAGGUUUACUGAUUAUAGCGCUGGAGAUAUCAAUAAGUCGUCCGCACAUAUUUCAGUGAGUGCAGAAAAUGGAAAUAUUGUAGAAGAUCCUCUCUGUUCACAGUUUCAACAUAUUUCCUUCAUGCCUGCCUUGCACUGUGUGGUGCACAGUGGUGCACAGAAGCCUGAGAAAGCAGUUCCACCGCGUAUAUCUGCUGAUGGGAAAACGUUGGGAAUGGUGGUUGCUGCUGGUCCCGUUGCCCUUUCUCCCGUGAGAGAGCCUGCAAACUCAGCCCCUGUUGGAAUGGGCUCAGCUGGAGAGCCCGAAAAACACAUCGAACUUCUGCCUUCCCCUUUCCUUCCCACCACAGUCCAGCCGGGUAGCCCUGCUUUGCACCUCGCAAUACAUAGAAUGAAAAUGUCUUCACCGCACACCUCCUCUGAAGGUUGCACAAUUAGUGGACAGCAGCAGCAAACAGGGAAUUUAAGCAUUGGAUCACCAAACACUGCCUUUAUCCCAGUCCACAACCCAGGUAACUUUCCAGGAUCCACGGGUUCUACUACAGACCCAAUGUCAAAACCUGCAUCCCAUGUUGUGGGCUUAAAUCAAAUGGUGCCUCAUGUUGAGGGAAACACUGGAGUGAUCCCUCAACCUUCUAAUCUAAAAGUAGUAGUUCCUGCAGCUGGUCUCUCAACAGGACUUCCACCAGCUCCUUUUACUGUGCCGGUGACUCUUCAUACUACCAGUGUGUUGCCCAAUCAGAGUACAACUGUGCUGAACACUGUGGCGUCAACACCACCUCCACCAUCUGGUCUCUGUGCUAGUCAGGUCCAGCCUACCAUUCCUCCUGCAGUACCUACCCACACACCAGGGCCUGCCCCUAGUCCAAGCCCUGCUCUAACACACAGCACUGCACAGAGUGACAGCACAUCCUAUAUUAGUGCUGCUGGAAAUACUAAUGCUAAUGGGACUCUGCUAUCUCCGCAGCAGAUGGGGUCUGGGCCUUGUGGGUCUUGUGGUCGCAGAUGUAGCUGUGGUACCAAUGGAAGUCUUCAAAUGAACAGUUAUUUUUAUCAUAACCCACUUCAUGGACAAGUCUACAGAGUUCCACCUUUCUUCCCUCUGCCAUCGCUUUGCAAUGGUAGCUACCUCAACCAAGCACAUCAGACUAACGGAACCCAAAUUCCUUUUUACUUGCCUCGGGCCCCAUAUGCAAAUGGGAUGAUGCAUGACCCAGUAAUGGGGAGCCAAACCAACUAUGGUAUGCAGCAGAUGGCAGGAUACGGGAGGUUCUAUCCUGUGUAUCCAGCUCCAAAUGUAGUUGCCAAUACUAAUGGAUCAGGGCCCAAGAAGAAUGGGAAUGUGUCCUGUUAUAAUUGUGGUGUUAGUGGGCACUAUGCACAGGACUGUAAGCAGUCAUCCAUGGAGGCCAGUCAACAAGGCACUUACAGAUUGAGAUAUGCACCUCCCCCACCCCCUUCUAAUGAUACGUUGGAUUCUGCUGACUGAAACCAAGUAAACAUUGCCUACAUACCAAAAUGAAGGUUGGGAAAUCUGGGGAAUUCUUUGGAUUUGAGAGAUUCUUUGUGUGUGCAUUUUUUAUUCUGGUUCAUUUUUUUUUUGUUGCUCAUGAACUUCUGUUCUGAUAUGAAAGAAGAAAGCAGUUUUGCUCCUGGUCUAACUUGCAUAAAGCAUGUUGCUAUCUCAGCCAAUCAAUCCAAGGAGCAUUUGAACGAAUAGACUUUUGCACUGAAGACAUAACACAUGCAAUGUUUACUGCAUUUUUUUUAAAAAAGUCAUUUGACCUCUGACUACACUGGUUGAACAGCCAUAUGGUUGAAAGGAGAAACUGGGCCAAUGCUUCCUUAAAGUCAUCUUUCCCUUUUCCUCCCUUUCUCCUUAUGCUGCUAUGAGUCCCCCUCCCCUACACUGUUGACUCGGUCUGUGUGUCACCCUGGGACUGGAUGGAUGUUCAGCAGUUUAAAUAGAUCUUGCCCAUAACUCUAGUAACUAAAUUGCUCUGUUGUGAACUGAUGGGGGCAUUGCUUACUCUUCUUAAACCGAAAACUCUUCAACAGUGUGCGUGCAUUAUCUGAAUAAUAUAUACUCUUACGUGCCUAAAUGAAAAUACAUAGGAUGGGGAAGGCUUAAAAUAGUGUGAACUUUAAAAACUCAUUUCUGAAAUAGAAAUAAGUUGAACAAUUUUACUUCUGUUGCAGUUUUGUGUUUAUUUUUUUUUAAGCCUGUUGGUUCUGAGUCACAUGGGGGGCGCUGGUGUGAAUGCCUUAGUUUGUGUCCACAUUUGUGAUGAAAGUUGGCAGCAAGUACCUUUAUACUCUAGUUUGUCAGUACAAAAGAAACAUGACUUGAUUUAACAUUUCACUGUUAGAUUAUUGCAGUGUUGUAUUUAGACUGUAAAAUGAUUUAUUUCUAUCUGGACAGAAAUCUGUGUCUAUUCUACAGAACCAAGUUGGGUAUUUCUACACCAGAACCAGUUACCAAAUAGUAACGUCACUUUCUUAUGACAGUUUACCACUGUGUGAUCAUGGUAUAAUGUGAAAGACUCCAAUGAGUGUGAAGAUUGAUCAUGUUUGUGUCAUGUCACCAAGUUUAACACUGCUGUAUUUUAUUUCUAAAAGCCAAUAUAUCCUAAAUUGCUUCCAGGUAAUAUAUUUUGAUUUCUUAAAUGCACUGAAUUUAUCUGGAAGAAGACUUCUGACUGUUGAAAUGAACACUGAACUACCACAAUUUGUGUACCAAUGGGUAUUGGCAUUCCUCACAAUUCAUAGCAGAAAUUUAGAUUUUACUUAUUUGGAGGGUGGGUGGAAUUAGACACACAUGCAGUAGAGCAAAGUCCAUUUUGGAUUCAGUCAACUAACUGCUAAAGAAGAAAAACUUGAAAACUUGAUUUACUACAUUUCUUCAUAGAUAGCAUUUAUAUUUAUAGCACCAAUAUAUUUUGAGAUUGUGAGAAUUAAAAGGGGUAGAUGAGAGCUUUAAUUUAAAGAAAAUUAGCAUAGGAAAUUAUUUUGGUUAAAAAUAUUUUAUUUGCUCUGGGCAUCUUGGACCAUAUUAAAAUAAAAUAACUGCUUCUGAAUUUAGUGAGGGUGUUUUAAAGCACCAGUGGAAUUGCAUUCUGAAUUACCUACCAGUUUAUGGGGCUUACUUUAUGAUUUAAGAUACUGUACUGUAAAUAGGAGGUGCAUUGCCUUCUCUUUAUUUGUAUGUUCACCAUAUACUUUGAUAUUUGAAAUGUUAUGUACUGGAAAGGUCACUUAUAUUUCUAGAACAGAUUGGAUUUUAUGCAGCAUUUUUCCUUGAAUUAACAGCAAUAAAAAGAAGGAAAAAAGCA